CAGGAUGUCCCAGUGGUAUGAGCUUCAGCAGCUUGACUCCAAAUUCCUGGAGCAAGUUCACCAGCUCUAUGAUGACAGUUUUCCCAUGGAAAUCAGACAGUACCUGGCCCAGUGGCUAGAAAAGCAAGACUGGGAACAUGCUGCCAAUGAUAUUUCAUUUGCUACCAUUCGUUUUCAUGACCUCUUAUCGCAGCUGGAUGAUCAGUACAGCCGUUUUUCUCUGGAGAACAAUUUUUUGCUGCAGCAUAACAUAAGGAAAAGCAAGCGCAAUCUUCAGGAUAAUUUUCAAGAAGACCCAAUACUGAUGUCUAUGAUCAUCUGUAACUGUCUCAAGGAGGAAAGGAAGAUCCUAGAAAAUGCUCAGAGAUUUAAUCAGGCUCAGUCGGGGAAUGUGCAGAACACAGUCAUGUUAGACAAACAGAAGGAGCUUGACAGCAAAGUCAGAAACGUGAAGGACAAAGUCAUGUGUAUAGAGCAAGAAAUCAAGAUCCUUGAAGAUUUACAGGAUGAAUAUGACUUUAAAUGCAAAACCUGGCAGAAUAGAGAACAUGAAGCCAACAGUAUGGCAAAGAAUGACCAGAAACAAGAGCAGAUGGUGCUCCAGAAGAUGUUUUUAAUGCUUGACAAUAAAAGAAAGGAAGUAGUUCAUAAAAUUAUAGAGUUGUUGAACAUCACAGAACUUACCCAGAAUGCUCUGAUUAACGACGAGCUGGUGGAAUGGAAGCGGAGGCAGCAGAGUGCCUGUAUUGGGGGACCACCCAAUGCUUGCCUUGAUCAGCUACAGAACUGGUUCACCAUAGUUGCUGAAAGUCUGCAGCAAGUUCGUCAGCAGCUCAAAAAGCUGGAAGAGUUGGAACAGAAAUACACUUACGACCAUGACCCCAUCACCAAAAACAAACAAGUGUUGGGGGACCGCACCUUCACACUUUUCCAGCAGCUCAUUCAGAGUUCAUUUGUAGUGGAAAGACAGCCUUGCAUGCCAACUCAUCCUCAGAGGCCUCUGGUCCUGAAGACAGGAGUCCAGUUUACUGUGAAGCUGAGAUUGCUGGUGAAACUACAAGAGCUUAAUUAUAAUUUAAAAGUCAAAGUCUUGUUUGAUAAAGAUGUGAAUGAGAAAAGUACAGUAAAAGGAUUUAGGAAGUUCAACAUUCUGGGCACACAUACCAAAGUGAUGAACAUGGAAGAGUCCACCAAUGGCAGUCUGGCAGCGGAAUUCCGACACUUGCAACUGAAAGAACAGAAAAACGCUGGCACCAGAUCUAAUGAGGGCCCUCUCAUCGUUAGUGAAGAACUUCACUCCCUCAGCUUUGAAACCCAGUUGUGCCAGCCAGGCUUGGUAAUUGACCUUGAGACGACCUCUCUGCCGGUUGUGGUGAUCUCCAAUGUAAGCCAGCUUCCGAGUGGCUGGGCCUCCAUCCUGUGGUACAACAUGCUGGUGGCAGAACCUCGGAAUUUGUCCUUCUUCCUAAACCCACCAUGUGCCCGAUGGGCUCAGCUUUCAGAGGUGCUGAGCUGGCAGUUUUCUUCCGUCACCAAAAGAGGUCUCAACGUGGACCAGCUGAACAUGUUGGGAGAGAAGCUCCUUGGUCCAAAUGCUGGUCCUGAGGGUCUCAUUCCAUGGGCCAGGUUUUGUAAGGAAAAUAUCAAUGAUAAAAAUUUUUCAUUCUGGCUUUGGAUUGAAAGCAUCCUUGAACUCAUUAAAAAACACCUGCUCUCUCUCUGGAAUGAUGGGUGUAUUGUGGGCUUCAUCAGCAAGGAGCGAGAACGUGCGCUGCUGAAGGACCAGCAGCCCGGGACGUUCCUGCUGCGGUUCAGCGAGAGCUGCCGGGAAGGGGCCAUCACGUUCACGUGGGUGGAGCGGUCCCAGAACGGAGGCGAACCUAAUUUCCAUGCGGUUGAACCCUACACGAAGAAAGAGCUUUCUGCUGUCACUUUCCCUGAUAUCAUUCGCAAUUACAAAGUCAUGGCUGCUGAGAAUAUUCCAGAGAAUCCCCUGAAGUUUCUCUAUCCAAAUAUUGAUAAAGAUCACGCUUUUGGAAAGUAUUACUCCAGGCCAAAGGAAGCACCAGAACCGAUGGAGCUUGAUGGCCCUAAAGGAACUGGAUACAUCAAGACUGAAUUGAUUUCUGUGUCUGAAGUGUAAGUGAGCAGCGACGAGGGCCGUUGUUUAAACACCUCGAGUCAGCCUGGCUCCUGGUUGGGGCCGCUUGAAGAUGUGUGUGUUUUGCUUUUCCAUUAUAAUUGCUGCAGCCUUUUGGAGAUAUUCUUAUCGGAGAUCCCAGUAUGGCUGCCAAUCAGCAUUUUACUGCU